AUGACCAAGGGGGAGGCCAAAGACUCGAUGUAUGGACCGGAUAUCCGUGGACCUUAUAGAGACCAAUAUGCACGACAGCUAGGUUCUGGAAUUGUCAAUGAGAAUUUUUCUGACAAGCCUUUUAUUGGAAUAUCAUUCAUUUACUCAAGUGCAGAUGUCAAUAACAAAAGCUCAUUGCUUCCUAAACUCUCUCUUUCUCGGUGGCUGACAAAGAUGGACGUUGAAAUAUUUGGCUGUCCAGCUGGUGGGAAUGCAGACCGUAUCCAGAAGCUACGGAAGGAAUACCAUCAGGCCAGGCGAGACGGUUUACCUUUCUACGAGGAUGAUGAGAUGAGAACACGGUCAUCUGAUUAUGAUCAGCACUGGGUGCCUGGAAAAGGUCCAGAUGGGAGUUCACACAAUCUCCACUUUGAAGGGAUGGAAAGGCAAUAUGCAUCCUUACCCAGGUGUGGCCCAGCAGAACCAAUGGAGUAUUUAACAGGGCCCCGAGUGAUCUACAAAGAGCGAGAUCUUCCAUACUACCAAGGAGGGCAGCCUGCUGUCCACCCCUCUAAAGGAAACUACUCUCGUGCACAAGACAUGAGGGCAGCAGAAUUGCGGUAUCCCCAGUAUUACCCCGGCCAACAACUAACCACCCAGCACAAGGGACCCCUCCGCCAGGAUGUCCCACCUUCACCUCCCCAACCACACAGAGUGCCAGCUUAUAAUGAAAUGGGCCGAACAGGACAGCGUGGGAGCAGCCCGGAUCAAUACCAAUAUAGACAUCAGGAUUCCAGGCAGAAGAAUCCCAUGACUGCAGCUGUAUAGCCUGAAACUGGACUUUGUCAACAUGGGCUGGGAUGGAGGAUUCCUGACAUUCCCUUUUUUACAGUUGGUCCUGGCAAGCUUAACAGCAUGUAGGAAUGGUGCCUUAACUGGAAUCGUUCUUACUGAACCUGCCUCAGGAUAGGCUCGUUUUCAUAGGAAUCUUGGGCCAUAUCAAAUUAAGAGACUGUGUCUUUUAGGUACGUGCGUUGCCAGACAUUCAAAUGUUUUUAACACCAGUUAAAAAUAGAAAGUGAUGGCUGAAAAGUAAGUGUAACUGUUAGUACAGCUCAGGGCUAUUUACCACAUCUGGCUACACACACACACACACACACACACACACAGCGAGCCCUCUGUACAAGACCAGUCGUGAUACCACCAGAGUCCAUUUUGGAUCCAAACCACAGGAGUAUUAUAUCACAGAAGCCUUCUGGUGACCUGACACUGUGUUCAGGGCAGUGCUGCUCUUCUUGGGGUCAGAGAGUCUUGUGUAAUCUAGUGCCGUGUGCAGUGGUGACUUUACCAAUGACGUCCCUGCUGUCCCACUCCCACUCGGACCAGCAGUUUUAUAUUCUGAGAAUGCCGUAGUCAUUGGUUUUUAAUCUUGCCUGUAUCUUCCUCUUUCUGCUUGUUUGCUGGAGCAUGCAUCUGGGAGCCCUCCUUUUUGGUAGUUCUGCAUCAAACUUAUCCUCUUUUCAUAUUGCAAAUAACACAGUUGGGCUAAGAUGAACUAAACUUCCUCAGCUGUACUUGGGCAGUUUAGAGAGUAUUCAUAGAACUGUCCUACAGGAUCAUUAGGGGAUGAGGCAACCAUCUGAAAAAUGUUUCUGUCUGUCUGUUCCCAUUUGUACAUAUAUUAUGCAGUGCACGGCUCUUAAAUGUAAGGCCUAGGGGCCAGGUGCGCAGCAGCUUUCAAUGAGUGUAGCUUCCUUGACUUCAGUGGAGCUAAUCCUAUUUAUACCUGCUGAGGAUCUGGCCCGAGGUGUGAAGUACAGUAAGUGCUAUUAAAGUUGUUACUCCAUCACGUAUUCAGAUGGAUCAAGGAGGGCAGAGCCUGUACUUGCCCCCACUCUAGGCAGGUUUGCAUAAAGGUGUCUGCUGGCGUAUCAGUUAAUGAAUUCUGAGCCUGCAGUUGUAAGCUUCUAUCCUAUUCUUCUGCUGUCACUGUGCAUGGCUCCUGCCGUUCGAAUUGUCACCUGUUAAUGCAGGGCCCGCUGCUGAUCGUGGCAAGGAAGCUCAGGCUCUGGCAGUGCCGGUACUGUGCGAAGUGCCAAACAAUGCCAAUUCGCCUGGCAGUGCUCCGCACGGCAACUGGAAAAGGGGGGUGGGUGGGAGGCGUUAGGCUUUUAAAAGCAACAGGGGAUGGAGAAGAGAAUGAGGAUAACAGAGGAGAGAUUGCUUUAGAAACGUUGGGGGCAAAGAGAAAAGGAAUGAGGAGAAUGGUUUAAACAAUUAAGGUUUUUUAAAACAAUUAGGCGAGGAGAGGAGAGACGCUGAGGUUGAUGGAGAAAGAGAAGAGAAGGGGAAGGACAAGUGGGUCAGGAGGGGGAGAAGGUAGGAGAAGGACCUAGCUUCUUUCCCCCAGCUCUCUGCAGACAUUAGCUCAGGGCUGCUCUGGCCUUAAGGAGGUAAAUGAUGCUCUGAGGCAGUUUGAAAUGUGCCUCCCAGCCAUGCGACUUCCCAACUCCACAGACAUUUGCUGCGCCGUCUAACCGGGCUUCAGAUGCUUGGAUGCUUUGCUCAAUGAUUUGUCAUGCUAAACAUUGGGGAACCACAGAGCCUGUAACUAGGAACACAUUUUAAGUAGCUUCUGAGUGUUCGUAAUUCUUCAAGCUCUGCCUUUGGAAGCAACAGAAGCUCGUUUGGGCCCCUCUCCUCUGAGAGAGAGGUCUGGGACCUGGCCUGGCUGACGCCCUUUGGUAUGCAGCAAAUGCAUCAGGAUUCAUUGCACAGGUCACCUCCCAGUUAUAGAUCACACGAAGGGUCCAUUCAUCCAGUGUGUAUCCCUUUAUCAGGACUGGUAAGGAUUCAUUUGAUCUCUAGAGACUGGCGCAUGGUGUAUCUGAGUCUCACACAGGUUUGCACAGCUGCAUUCCAAGGGGCUCUUCCAACCACUAGCUGCAUUCCCAUUCCACUGUAAACACUGUGUAGGGUACAUGCCACACACAGCCUUGUACUUCUUUGAACAAGCUUUCUGUACUGGGUGGUAUACUCGGUUAAUAAAGAUUUGGCAGCCACAGGGUAGCUGCUAGUGACAUGAACGUCCACCUAAAGCGAAGUGAAAACAAAUUAAAAUACUUUCCUUUCCUCUUUUGAAAUACAGCCCCAGAUACAUUUGAUCCAGCUGUAAAGAAACUAAUACGUUUGUGACAGUGGCUUGAUCAAGCCAGACCACAAUUAAGAACAGCUCUGAAUAUAAGCUACUGCCUUAUCAUUCAUUAUCUACUAACCCUUCAAAUGCUCCGCAGCACAGCUUACAGAACUCAUUUAGAGUAUUUCACGAGCCAGGGCCAAAUAAAAACAGGAUGGAAACAGCUUCUGGGUUAUUUAUGGCCUUUGAAGGGCUUGCUCAAUUGUGUCUCUGUAACCUGAAACCUCCCGUGGAGGCUCACAUUGACUGCCCUGGCACCGCUUGGUUUGGGCCGACAGAUCAAACGAGCACCUUCCAAGUUGUUAAUCUUACCCAACAGGUUACACAGACGAGACUUAACAAAAAGUAGUGGAUACUAUUAUAAUCUAUGGACACAUCGUACACUGCUGGAAGCUAUGAAGGAGAAAACUUCUGACCUUGCUGGGGGACAGGAGCAAAAGGUAUUACAGACCAUCUCAUUAAUCUGUGGUGCUGGUCUAGGAGAAAAUUGCAAUUUGCUGGUUUAAUAUCUUGUAGAGGUACGGUAUUUGCAAAGCAUGAUAUAUAACUACUGUAUAUAUAGUCUGCUUCUGUGCAAUGUAAAAUGUAUGAUUUUAGCACCAUAUUGUGGAAAAUAUGUACCGUGCAAAUUUCACGAGGUGCUACAACUGACAGUUGAAAAUACACCACUUGCAAAAUCCAAAAGAGCCGUUCAGUAACAGGUUGCUCUUUUCCCCAUAUGUCCAUAUGUUUUGGAGUGUUACGUGUCUGAAAUGCUCUUGACACAUAGUUGCCUCACACUCCUUCAUCAGAAAUGUGCCAAUCCAGCAAAAACCUUCCUGCCGUGCUCUGGGUUUGCCAGGAGCGCCCAGGUUGCUGCUGGAGCCGGAACAUGGUACAUUUGCACGGUGGCAUGAGUCAAGAUUAAACAAGAGCAACCUGCUUGUAUGCCAGGAGGGCUGCUGUGACUCCCAAGCUGCUGUGCUGGCUGAGUUGCAUCAUCGGUUUCUGAUUCUGGUAAAGGGGCAGGUGGGCAGUGAAGGAUUUAGAGACACAAAUAGAAACGGGUGACUUGCUGAGUGACCGAGCACUAGUGAUCCACUGACAUUGGCCCGUGAGGAACCAUGACCACUGUGAUAACUACUAUUAUAAGGAGGCUCUGUGGGCACUCCUGCAAAGAUGUCUUUGUGAAAAACGGAGGGGACCCAAGAAUAAAAACAACCACUGUCCCUAAAUAAUGCCUGCAGCCCUGAACACCAGCUCACACAAACGUCCUAAACUAGAAAUAGCUUCACAUGCUGCCUAAUUUUUGUACAGAGUGAAAGUGCUACCUCCUCCUCCUCAUCAUCAUCACAAGCAGCCUCAAAGAUUUGCUUUUCAGACAGAGAGAGUUCUGCAUAAAUCCCAUUACUCUUCUGGGGUCUGAUCCUUUCCACCGAAUUGAAGUUGUUUAUCUCCUCCCAGGGUGAGGCCCUAUCCUGCAGUCUCGAUUGCAGUUGUUUGCGAGAGUAUUCUAACCUUACGUGCACUGUCUGGAGAGCGCCGUUUACUAUCAACAUAUAAUAAACCAGGACGUUUUGUUUCUAAGUCACUUUUCUAUUAUUUCUUCGCUUUUUUAUGAUACUUGACUCUGGUUGUGUGUGUUGAAUAAAAAAAUAUAGUGAAAUCAGUGGGGGGGAGGAUUCAACACCAAAUUUGAGAAAAAAUUUUGGUACCAUAAAUGAUUUUGCAUUUUUUUGUUAUAUAUAACUGUAUAAAUUUUACCUGUUUUAUUUUGCAUUAAAAUAAAGGCUUUAAGACUACAAACUA